GCGGCUGCUGAGGGAGCGUGACUGCUGGGCGCAGGGUUCUAGGACGCUUUGUCUCCGCACAGACCCCUUUGUGAGCAGCAGACCAGCCUGAAGGCUGGGAGCCCGACACCCACGUCUGCAUGCUGAGGAAGAUGGGUGAGGCCGUGGCCAGAGUUGCGAGGAAGGUCAACGAGACGGUGGAAAGCAGCUCAGACACCCUGGAUCUGGCUGACUGCAAGCUUGUGUCUUUCCCCAUCUGCAUCUACAAGGUCCUGAGGAACGUCUCCGACCAGAUCCACCUCAUCACACUGGCUAACAAUGAACUCAAGUCCCUCACCAGCAAGUUCAUGACCACCUUCAGUCAGCUUCGAGAGCUCCGCCUGGAAGGCAACUACCUCCAUCGCCUCCCCAACGAGGUCAGCAGCCUCCAGCACCUCAAGGCCAUUGACCUGUCCCGGAACCAGUUUCAAGACUUCCCAGAGCAGCUGACCGCCUUGCCUGAACUGGAGACUAUCAACCUGGAGGAGAAUGAGAUCGUGGAUGUGCCUGUGGAGAAGCUGGCCACCAUGCCAGCUCUGCGCGUCAUCAACCUGCGCCUCAACCCCCUGAGCGCCGAGGUGCGCGUCAUUGCUCCACCUCUCAUCAAGUUUGAUAUGCUCAUGUCUCCAGAAGACACCCAGGUCCCCCUGCCUUAGGACACACCCCCUGCGCUCACCCAGCAAGGGACAAGGCUACUGGCCUGCCAACCUGAGAGGAGGGAAGCCCUUGGGAGGCCAGGCUUGGGGAGCGGGGUGGGUGGGCCAGACAGCAUACAGUGGGAGGGGACGCAACUAAGCCAAGAUAAGGUAGCUUAGCACUAUAGUGAGCCCUGGUGCCCCAGGGGAAGGAGGCUGGGUGAGUCUAGAGCCUGGGCUCGGGGCCCCCACAGCUGCUGUGCUGACCUAGGUAGGUUUCUUUCUCUCUCCAAGCUCGGUUACUUGGGAGGAGAAAUGGCAUUGGAGAGCCUUUCCUGCUUGGGGCCCCUCUGCGGUUCCUCCACACCAUCAGACACCCUCCAGGCUGGUGGAUGAGCCUUCUAUGGGUGUUUUAUGGACCUUAUGAUCUGCUGUAAGAGCCAGUCACCAUCCUGAAAAGAGACCACCUCUGACUCUGUCACCUUCUGAGAACUGAACACAGCCCUUCUUCUAAAAGAUGCCCUUCAUGGUGCCGUGUCCUGACCAUCAGAGUGCCUGGACUGGUUGGAGCCUGAACUGGAGUUCAGAUGCCUGCAUCCUAUGGUUGGGUCCUGUGGCAGGAGUGUCUAUGAAGAAACCUAUAGACAUCUGGCUGGGGUACAGAGGGUCAGCUCCAGGGAGCUGGGAAGACAAGGGAAGGAAGUUCUAUGCAUGCUCAUCUGUCCUUCCCUGAUAAUGGCCCAGUAUAGACAGGCGUCAUCCCCAGGGCCACAGCAGAUGUGGCCCAGAGAAGACAAAACCAUCUUCACCUGUGACUUUGACCUGAGGUCCUUGGGUGAACUCCUUCACCAUGGCCUCCCUCUGGUAGCAACCUGGUUGCCUUGUCUUGGCCCUGGACCAGCAGCCUCAAGGCUAUCACCAUAAUCACCUGUCAUCUCAAGGACCUUUGUCUGUGGCCUGGUGGGUAGCCAGAGGAUAGGGUGGCUGUCUCAGUCUUCUCAGAACUGUGGAAUUUCCCAGGGGGUGGUUGGGCACUUUACCCCCUUGGGGACAUCCCUGCCCCCUCUCAAUCUCCAUGUGUCUACCUCCUCACCUGAGCAAUUAGGCCUAUCAGCAGCCCUGGCCCUGGCUGCUUUAUACCUUUGUGUAGGUCUGUGAAGGUCAUAGAGGCCCCAGGGCACAGGUAAGGCUGGGCCAUUUGUCUCCAAGGCUUUACAGUGGAGAACUGGCACUGCUGCUCAGAGAAGACACGUGUCCUAGAGUUUGUCUGGGUCCCUGCCCUCUCACAGUGCUCCUGGAUCUUGGUAAGGGUGCCAUAGGGGCACUGCUGGUACCACUGAGCUGUGUAUCCUGAGAGAAACCUCGUUCAUUCUGCUCUCAUCCCAAGGCCAGCCCGCCAGAUGAGGUAGACACAGGCCAGACGAGGGGUGGGUGCAGCCCAGACUGAGUGGCUUCUCCCACCCUGUGUCCCUAAGUUGGGGAUUUCACCUUGUUGAAGAGGAGAGGGGCUUCUCUGGGGUGUAAGAGGGAUCCCAUGGUUGGAGCCUGGCAAGUCCCAAUGUGGACAGACUAAAACACUGACACCUGUGUUCUGGAAAUGUGGCCUCUGAUGGUGUGUAUCUGUCGGUCCAGCACUUGGGAGGCCAGGACUGCAGGGUUGUAGGUGUGAGGCCAGCCUGUGUUGCACAACGAGAGCCUGUCUCAACACCACGACAGCAGACAAGGUAAGAGAGAAGAAAAGCAAAGACUGUCUGACGUGGUGGUGCCCACUUGGAAUCCCAGCCCUCAGAAAGUGGAAGCAGAAGUGUCAGGAGUUCUAGGCCAGCCUCGGCCAAGAAUAAAGCGUCUCUAGGCUGUGUGAGAUCCCGUCUCAGUCAAGUAAAAGGGAAACUAAAAUGCAGGUUCUCGGGCCUCACACUGGUUCCCUCAUUGGGGUCACAGAGGGCCUGGGUAGCCUGUAUAAAUAGAGACUGCUUGUUUAUUUCCCUGCCAUUCAGGCCCAAAUGAAGAUACAUUAAUUACAACACUGUUUAGCUCAGGUUCCUUAUUAAAUAACUCUUACAUCUUAACCCAUUUCUGUUCAUCUGUGUAUCACCAUGAGCCUAUGGCUUACUGGAAAGGGUAUGGCAGGCGUCUUUCUCCUUCAGUGACUACAAGGCGUCUCUCUGACUCCGCCUACUUUCCGAUU